AUGACAUUGAAAGGAACUGGGUAUAUCAGGGUGCGACGGGAGGUGGAGUACUGGAAACACGCUGGUGCUACUGAGGAUUUAUCUGUCGAUCAUUCGGACACAUUUAAGCUUGUUGCUGGGGGAGGCGGCUUUCAAUAUGCUGACACGCCGGCUCCAUUUUGUAACAAUUUAACAAUCCUUCUGGAGUUUGCCACAACGCCACGGGUGGCACUGAUGAUGGCUACACUUGGUUUACCAAUCAGGCUAAUCACUGGCAUAACGAGUAUUACUGGCUCGAUGGGCAAGUUACUCUUCCAACUCUGGAAGCAACUGGCUUGUACAAUGUUGCUGUUGAGACAAUUGACUAUGCUUCAAAUUCUGUCAGACAUUAAUGAUGCUGGCACAGGCCACAACCAUGUCGGCGCCUCUUAUGACCCUACAUAUGGCAAAUGCCCUUGUGCUUCAUAG